AUGGCACCAUUUACCCUUCCAAAAUACAAGGGCUCGACGGUGGACGUGUCAAUAAUUCACGCAGGGCAAACAUCCGUACCAACAGCCUAUGUUUUCAAAACCACCAUUCUAGGCCAUGACAUCCUCAAUAUACCGUGCUACAGCUUCUUGAUCGAAAACAGGAAUAACAAUGAAAAGGUUCUUUUUGACCUCGGACUGAGAAAAGAUUGGAAAGAAAAGCUGCCACCAACGAUCCUCAACCAGAUCGAAUCGUCCAAGGCGGUCCUGGAAAUUGAACAUGAUGUUGCCGAUCAGCUUCGCGCAGAUGGUAUCCCGUUGGAAUCCAUCAGCGCCAUCAUCUGGUCCCAUCAUCAUAUAGAUCACACCGGUGAUCCAUCUUGUUUUCCUCCGUCCACGAAGCUAGUUGUGGGACCUGGUUUCAAGUCCCACUCUAGAACGUUCCCCGGCUAUCCUUCGAAUGCCGACUCUCUGGUCACUGAUGAUGCCUUUAUUGGACGGGACCUGGUGGAGCUCGACUUUACUGAUUCCAUUGAGAUUGGAGGCUUCCUCGCCAUCGACUUCUUUGAAGACGGCAGCCUGUAUCUGCUGAGGUCGAACGGACAUACCGACGACCACAUCAGUGCCCUGGCGCGUACCUCCGAGAAUCGCUUCGUCUUUCUGGGUGGGGACAUCGCUCAUCAUCCGGGAGAGUUCCGCCCAACCAAGCAGCUCCCACUUCCGAGUGAGAUUAGUCUAUGGAAAGUGGGCCAACAGUCGGCCGAAGCGGUAUCCGUGUGUCCUGCCUCUGUCUUUGAAGCGAUAUCCCCUGCGAAGGGUAGGGGCCUAGAUGCAAAAGUCACCCCUUUCUACGAGCUAAAUGCUGCGAUGAACGAAAGUCUGGGAGAUGCAGAGGCUGCUCUUGAGAAAAUGAUGACAUUCGAUGCAACAAGCGAAGUUUUGGUUAUUAUUGCGCAUGAUGCAAGCCUCGGGGAUAUCCUGCCGUUCUUCCCCAAACGCAUGACUGACUGGCACAUGGAAGGGUACAAAGCCAGCGGGGCUUGGAGAUUUCUGAGGGAUAUUGCGGUUGUUAUCAAUGGAAGCACAAAAUAG